GAAUAUUGCAAAAGAUCAUUUCAAAGAGGCCAAGAUGGCGGGCAUAGGGAAAUUGUUUAAAUUUGGAGGCAAAAAGCCCCCAGAACCACCACGGCAAGAUUACGAUCGAAGGCAAAAUAGCGGUGAUGGAGAUUCUGAUGAAGACAGCUAUAUGGAUCCAACAAAUAUACAUGCCAUUCUUCCUCCAAGCUCGGGAAGUUUAAGCUCCAAAAUGCCUAACUAUCCGCCCCCUAGACCAAAUCACCCUAUGAUUCCAUCAUCCCAUUCGCUGGAUAGAAGCCAUAAAGGUCCAUCAGACAACGUAACCAAACCUACAGUGAAACCAAGAACAGUUCAUACAAGCAGAAUCCCAGAAGRMCAACCAGGAAGCCAGAUCAAGGAUAUGGAUGAUUACUGUGAUCCUUGGGAUGCAAGAAAUAAAAAUAAAUCAACAAGCAGUGCUGAUGAUUAUUGUGACCCUGUUGAUGUAUCCAAACCUCAAGAGAAGCCACUGGAUGAUUACAGCGACCCUUGGGACUCAAGAAGAGGAGGAAAUAUAGCUAAACCAAAAGUAAAUACAACAGGUGUCAGAGAUGAAUAUAUAGAUCCAUGGGAUGCACAGGGACCUACACCAGCUUCUGCACAGCAACCUAAAAAUGAUUCUGAAGAAGAAGAUAGCUACACUGAGCCAUAUGACACAGGAAAAAUAACAAUGCUGGAUGAACAAGCAAAGAAGAUGUCACUGAAAGGGAUGAGAAGUCCCUCAACAGGCAGUGAACUAAGGCCUCAAACCCAAACUGAAGACAAUCGACCUGUAGAUGAUUAUGAAUCGCCAUGGGAAAGUAGAGGUCUCAUUAAACCUGAACUGUCACCAAAACCAACUGUUACUAAACCACACACAUACCAAACCCACAUACCUACACAAGAUGGUAGGCCAUGUGAUGACUAUGACAAACCAUGGGAGUGGACAGCAAAGAUGACGUCACAGUUCACUGAACAAAGUAAAACAGCCAAUCAAGCACCAAAGGUCGAUGCAAGGCCAGCUGACGAUUAUGAUUCACCAUGGGAGUACAAUAAAAGAACUAGUCAGCUAGUUUCCAUGGCAACACAACCCAAGACGGAAGCCCCUACAAAACCACCAAGAACUAUGGUUGAUAAUUCUAGUAAAGGUUUAGCGAUUGAUACCACUAAACCUCUUCAAAAACAGGAAUGGUAUCAUGGUCCAGUAACAAGAGUUGAAGCUGAAUGUUUAUUAAAAUACGAAGAAGAUUGCUCGUUCUUGGUCAGGGACAGUGAAAGCAGCAGGAAAGACUAUUCUUUGUCAUUAAAGAAUAAUAAUGCUUUUAUGCAUUUGAAGAUUGUACGAAAUGGAGACAAGUUUGUUCUGGGGCAGUUUAGCCAGCCAUUUGACAACGUCCCAGAAGUUAUUGAACAUUACUCRCGCACAAAGCUUAAUAUCAAAGGCGCAGAGCACAAGUACCUGAAAAACCCUGUAUUUCCCAAACACGACUAUUUUGUUUUAGAAAAAAGAUGAUAUGUACAUAUUGAAGAUCUCCCAUAAAAGUAUUAUUGAACGGAAAAUUAUAAAUGAAUGACAGGUACUAUUAAACAACACUAUAAUAACUAGAAUUAUAAAAUCUCCUUAUUGGUAUAAAAAUAGUUUUCCUCGCAGCCUCUGCUUUUGUUGGGCUUCCUGUCCCUCUCAAAAUAAGCCCUAACAAAAGGAAAGAUUGUAAAGAAGUAUAAAAAAUGUUAGGUUAUUUUUAGCUUAAUUAUAAACAAUAAAGAAAAAUGAUAAUUAAAUACAUAUAAGUUUAAACCUGAACCAGGAAAAUUUGUUUAAGAGAGUUGGUGAUUAGCAGAGAGAGGGGAGCGGAGGCCAACAUAUUUUUACCCCUUGAAAAACAAAAGGUCACUUAGUAAUCAAAGUUAAUUAUUAUGAACAUGCUACCCUAGUCAAACUUUAAGCAACCUGUUAUUUUUUUCUGUAAGAGUCAUUUUUGUAUCUCAAUUGCUCUGUAGACAGAGAUGUCUAAGCAUGGACAGGACCUUAUUUAGUUAAAAUCACAUUAAUGUAGYGGUAAUUAAACAUUGAAGUAGUUAAAUUAACUGUUUUGAACCUUCAUUGCUGUACUCCUAGAAGCUUUGUGUAAUUAAUGCUAGAUAGAGUGUAUACCGGGGGGACUURCGUAGCACGCAGUUGAUGUAGUGUAUUCAUAAAAUGUAUUGUAUUCCAUUGUUUCUCGUUCUAUUGUAUUGUGUUUUGUAUUAUAUCUUUAUGAAUAURCUACAUUAUUUGAGUGCUACGUAGGCUCUCCCUGUGMAAACAACUCUAACUAUAGCUUGACUCCUUCACAGUUCCCUCGGCCAUCUUGAAAGGUAACAAGAUCAGGGAGCUUGCAAUAAAUGUAUCAUGGAGUGUCUUAAGGUGUGAAAAAAGAACACUUUCAUUGCACAUUCACUGGUAAUUUGUCAAGCUUCRAUGCWGAGGYUUUCAGGGAACUGUCAAAGAGACUUUUCUGUUAGUUGACAAUUAGUAUUCAAAGAGCUCAUUAUUUUGUAAAUAGCAGCUGAUUUAUACAUUAUGUAAGGUUGGUUACUUAAAAUUUUAACAGAUUGCUUUUCAGGUUCAUAUUAUUACCAAAAUAGAGAAAACAGGCUUUAUCUAUGAAAAUAAAAGGAAUUUUUAAUUCAGAUAA